AUGGAUGGAACCACGACCUCAACAACAGUGGAAAGCAACCCGGCCGGUACCAAUCUGCCGACUUCAACCGUAUUGCUGCCGGACGAUGUGCUCGAAAAGCUGUACCAAAGCUACGCGCUCAAGCAGAAGCGCGUCGCUUUCGGGUGCUAUCUGGCCGCCUCGAUACUGUUUGAUUUAUGGGCUAUCCUGAUUCCGCAGGGUCAAGGCUGGGAAGGCAUAGUGGUGGCCUGUAUCUGUCUGGUGCUCAACAUCGUUCUGGCGGUGGUCUUGCGUUUCUGCGGUAAGGGGCGCUUCCGGGGUUUCCUGUGGGAAGUAGCACCGCACGCCGCCUGGUUGCUGGCAAUGAAACAGCUCUUCCUGCAGCUUUUCUUCAAGGCAUCCGUCACGCCCAGAGACUUCCUCGGAUGGGCAGUGCUGCUUAACUUUUUAGUGUACGUUACGCUUCCAGUGGUACUCAAAUAUACUGGCAUCCUGCUGGGGAUGGGAUCUUUCGUAACCUACAUCAAUGCAAUCGUCGGGUUGGCCAAGAAGGAGAACUUUUUCUGGGAACAGCAGCAACCGCAAUCGGCGUGUUGUUCUACUUCUUGGCCGAAGCCAAACAACGAAGAGCUUUUCUUGAAGCGAAACAAGGCCUAG